AGUUUGUGUCAGAGGCGGGAGUCCCCAUCAGCCCAGGUGAGCGUCUGGAGCCAGAGUUUUGCAGGACAGUAACAGGCCAUGGAAAACUUCAGUUCCAAAGAUUUGGCCCUACAAGCGCAGAAGAAGAUACUGAGCCGCAUGGCAACCAAGUCAAUGGUCAACAUGUUCAUCGAUGAGACCAGUAGCGAAGUCUUGGAUGAGCUGUACAGGGUAUCAAAAGAAUAUACCAAGAACAAGACAGAAUCUCAAAAGGUCAUCAAGAACCUGAUCAAGAUUGCCGUGAAGAUCGGGGUACUGUACCGUCACAACCGCUUCAGCUCAGAGGAACUCGUGUUAGCGGAGGAUUUCAAGGAGAAAUUGCACAACGGAGCCAUGACGGCUAUCAGCUUCUACGAAGUGGAAUUCACGUAUGAGAAAGAGGUGUUGCCUCAAAUACUUACAGAGUCCAAGAAUUUGCUUCUGCGUCUGGUAGAGAACCAUUUAACAUCCAAGUCGCUCGGGCGCAUACAACACGUCUUCAACCACUUUGCCAACCAGGAGUUGCUCAGUCAGUUGUACAACCCGGAGGGUGAAUUACGGCCCCACCUACAGAAAAUCUGUAUGGGGCUCAACAAGCUGAUCGACGAGGGGAAAUUAUAAAAGACAUCCAGUUUAACUGAUGGGUUAAGCUCAUGAGACAUCUGGCUCAAUAAAGACCUUACAUUUUUAGGGUUGUCCCACUAAAGGCCGCGUUACAGAAUGCUGAGGACCUUUUGUCAUAUGCGGUUCAAAAGGCAGAAUAUGAAAAGCACUUGUCGGCAUCUCUUGUCAAUUUUUGUUUUAUAUCAGUUGUAUCACGUUUACAGUUAGGAAGCUGUUUGAGGUUUAAGCAGGCAAGUUCAACAUUGGACCAAAUAUCUGUUGAUAUUUUCACCUCUUGGCAAGGAAACUGCUGACCGGCUCAUACGACCAGUCAUUGAAAGUUCAAACGUCUUUCUUUUAAAUAAAGUUUUAUUUUAAAAAAAGGUAGCUCUUAAAGGGAAAUUUGGCAAAGUAUUGUUGUUUAGAGAAUGUUGCCAAGAUUUGUUUGGAUGAUAAAAUGUACCUGAAACUUUGUUACCAAGUGUGUUGAGACACACUGUGAUAAAACACACCAAUUGGUGAUAUUAAUUAUUGUUUUAUUUCCCCUUAAAAUGCAUGCGGUGUGGUGUUAUGAAAAUUAACAUAAAAUGUAACAUUUGGGUUGGGUGAAAUAUCUUUUGGUUGAGAGAUAUUUUAUCUAUGAGCACGUCUAUUGCAUAAGUAUGGAAAAAACUAUACUGGAACAGUUUUGUAUACUACUAGUGGCUCAACUACCACAUUGCGAGUAGCACAUUAAAAAUGUAUAUGAGGAUGUGAAA